AUGCGAAGUGAUCCUGACCCACAUAAAACACAAGAUGGUUUUCUAGCCGAAUGCCAUAAGGAUCUUCUCCGUGAUCUCUUCUUUUGCACCUUCUUGUUCACCCUGACCCAAUUUAUAGAAGUCCUUCGAAUUGAACUUCCCAGGGUGUUUUUUCAGACUGAAUGUGAAGGAUUCUCUGUUUCUGGGCUACAGAAUGGCUUGUAUGUGUUGCUGUGUGAACUUGAGUAUCAGUCAAGUGGAGGUGACUGGAUAUCAGUUUUGCUGUGGCGGAUGAAGGCCAACUGGCCUAGUAGCGUGGACAAAAAUUGUGAGGUCGUUCCUGCAAAAUCACUUUGGAACUCGGUUUUGAGGCAGUGGCGACGAUUUAGAAGCAGCGGUUCACAAGUGAUUGUUGAAUGCAGUCAGGAUGCUGAUGUGGAAAGAAAUGAUCUGUUGCAACUGUGUUUCACUAUUGCCCAAUGACUUUAUGCUUUUGAUUUCCACUGUCAGCUCAGCUUAACUGCUACUGCUGAUAUUCACCACUACAUUUGUCUUUGGACCUGUGUUGUCACGUCAAAACCUGUAGGUUUUCAUCAAGACUAUUCAGCCAAAGUGAUAGCUGGUCAGUUUAUUAUCAAAAGAAAGCAGCUUUUCAGCUUCUCCAAAGACAAGGAAUGCCCCUUCAUCUCAUUUAAUAAUCAACUCAUGUUACUGGAAAAGGAGCAGGAAAGUGGUAAAAGGAUCACAAGUAGCAAGAAAAAUGUUUGCAAUUCGGUCUUGAAGCAGGUAAUUAGCUCAAAUACAGGCUCUACUGUUAUCUUCUUGCUGAUUGACACUGGGCAGAAGAUCAAACACUUUCCUGGUUGUCAUGGUGAUGAUGAUGUCAAGCUAGUGCAGGAAGAACUGGAGUUACGCAUGAAUAAAGGAGUCACUGCAUGCAGUGUCAGUGCGUUAGAGGACAGGGCUAAUUACAGUCUUCUACCUGAGCCACAUGAAAGCAGGUUUCUGUUCAAGCUGAAGGAUGGUGAGGAGGGGUGUCAGUAUGAUGUUCUUUGUGCUGCGUUUUUACUGCCACGUACUCUAGUGACUCUAAUGACUUACACGUAUUGCAACAACGCUAUUAUGAGGCUUUUCUUUCUAGAUAGAAAGAAUAUUUCAGUGACAGGUAUUGUAAAAGGAGCAAACUUAAUCGCCUGUGGAGGCGCUGGCUAUGUCAAGCUUUGGAAAACUCAGGGGAGCCAGCUGAUGGCGGAGUUUGCUGCUGCUGCAGCUCCGUCUGUUAUCGUGACUAUUGAUAACACAAGUCAGGGGCUCAUAACAGGAGACCUGGUCAGGCUGGUGAAAACAAGGCGACUACUGUCACGGUCGCAGCAAGGACAAGGUCCCCGAGCCAUCCCCCUGCCCAGGAUGUUCCAGACGUGUGCCGAUUGCCCUCACCCGUGUGGAGACCUGUGUGCAGAGGGAUUCCUGUCUGCUGGUUCCCUCUGCAUCUGCAGUGGUUGUCUCAUUGGUGUCUGGAGCACUUGCCUAGGUGCAUUUAGACUGUUGAAUAUUGGAGCCUGCAAGGAGAUUGACGAGAUGAACACGCGUCACUUUGUUGAACUCCCUGACAAAUACUUUAGGGAAAAGGUGGAGGAGAGGUGCUCUGAAAAUCUGAGGCUUCCUACCCUUUUUGAUGAGAAGAGCCUGUUCCCAAAAGAAACUCUCAAUCAUGAACUAAAAGCAAGACAACUCUGUGAGCAAAUAUGCAGUGAAGGCAAGAUAAAAAGAAAUAAGAAGCAGGCAAAGCUGAAAGAAAAAUAAACCUUCCUUUCUCAGGAAGGUUUGUGCAAAGGAAGGUGUGUACAAAGAAUGCCACAUGUAGAUUGAAACUGUCUUUGCUACAUGGUGUUAUUUUUACAGUGCAUCUCCUCUCCCCCUCCCCUUUUUUUCAGGGGAAACCCUUUCAGCGUUUGCUUGGGAUCUUGUCCACAUAGGGCUCUUCGGUCUUAACUUGCAAAUAAGU